GAGUAAUACUAUUCAGAGAGUAUUUUAGUACUAUUGCCCCAUUUAAACAUAGUGUAUGCACUCCGUCAGUCGCUGUAAGGAGACACUAGUAUUGUCAAAUCAGGGGAUUUAAUCAAAAAUAUUGAUGUAACGAAGCGUUCGAUUGGCUAACUGUCCCCCUCUCCAUUCCUCCUGUGACCUGUAAGGACACACUAUAUUUAAAUUGCAAUAUACAUCACAACAUUGAAUACCCACGUGGUCUCAUUGUAAAGAGCAGAGACACUACAGGAUUUAUUAGGUAUUUACAAUACUAAUAUUGCUAAUACAUUGAUGUGGCAGAAUUCGUCAUAGAAAUAUCGACAGACUGUGUUCAGACAAUUUCACUGGUGCCUGAGUUAUUAUACAAAUUUAUCGAAAACUGCUUGUUUUGGUUGCGGUCUGCGUGUUGAGUUUUUAGUUUGCAACUCGAAAGGAAGUAUGAAUAUCCACAAGAAAAAUGCUAACUUCCAGAAGAAAAGUCCGAAGAUCUGGAAGAAUAGAACACAAUUAACAAAAGGAGAGAAUAAUGGCGAGAAAGAGCCGAACCAGCAGAGGCAAAGAGUUCCAGCAAUUUACGGGGCAACAGCCAAACUCUUGAAGAAAGUAAAUGAAGGUGCAGGGCUUAAAGACGCACUUUACCAAAUUAACCACCCUGCUAGCUGUUUACCUGCUCUUGCUUUCUUAUCCAAAAACCUGGCAGGUAGUUUAGAUAUGUGUGCUGCUCCAGGACUGAAACUAGCCAUUUGGCGAAUCUAUUGCAGAACAAGGGUACUCUCUUUGCUGUUGAUAAGGACCCUAAAAGAUUUUAUAGAAUGCAAGAAAUGGUGGAACGAAAUUGCGGGAAACAUAAUUGUGUCACAACGAAACUUGCAGAUUCUGUUCGACUCACUUCUGAAGAUUGCCCUGGAGUGCA